GGAAGCGGAAGUUCAUAUACAGGCGCGGUCUGGAGCUCCCUGGCUCGCGCCAGGCCGUUAGACCGAGUAUGGCCGCGUCGGAUCCCCGCUCCUCGAGUGACAGCGGACCGGCCGGCAAGGGCGGCUUCCCCGGGGAGAGCAGCGACGAUCGCGGCGGCGCGGCGGGUGGCGGCGGCGGGGAGGGUGAGCGGGAACGAGAGCGCGCUACGUUCGAGUGUAACAUAUGCUUGGACACGGCGAAGGAGGCCGUGAUCAGCCUGUGCGGACACCUUUUCUGCUGGCCAUGUCUUCAUCAGUGGCUGGAGACCAGGCCCAGCAGACAACAGUGUCCUGUUUGUAAGGCUGGAAUCAGCAGAGAUAAAGUCAUCCCUCUAUAUGGACGUGGCAGCACCAGUCAGGAGGACCCCAGAUUGAAAACUCCACCUCGACCUCAAGGCCAGAGAACAGAGCCUGAAAGUAGAGGGGCGUUUCAGGGGUUCGGGGACACAGGCUUCCACAUGUCCUUUGGCAUUGGUGCUUUUCCUUUUGGUUUUUUCACCACAGUCUUUAACACCAAUGACCCUUUCCACAGACCAGAUCCUCACUAUGCAGGCGAUCACCAAGGCAACGGUAACCCCAACAACGGCAACAACUGGCAAGACUCACUGUUCCUCUUCCUGGCCAUCUUCUUCUUCUUCUGGAUGCUGAGUGUGUGAAAGUGUUUGCGUGUGUGAGCAACGAGGAAGUGCGUGAUCGAAGGCGAUGACUGGGUAUAGAGAGGAGGAGAGAGGAGGCGGUACAUUCAGUGGAUGUGAAACGCACACAAACUACUGUGAUCAAGCUCUGUGUGUCCUCUACACAAAAAUGUAGUCUUGGAUUUGAAGGAAGUGUGAGAACCGUUUGUUUGCAAGGAAUUCCUUCAGUUCUUUUCUCCCCUCUGUUCAGAUUUGUAUGUAUGCACACGCAUUCUGACACCAAGACCUAGACCCUUUUGGACGUUCUGAUGUGGUGUCGGGUUUGAGGAAAGAAUGAUAGUAUUAAUUGUCUGAACCCCCUAAGCAGAAUUUGCUUGGAGUUUGAUGGUCCCUAAGUAGGUAAAACUGGGUGAGAAUUUGAUCAUUCUUAAGUGAGUCUGGUGACCCUUUUGAUGUUUUUGGAACUCUGGUGUUCAGAAUCAAAAACAUUGCAGCAAGGGAGUGUGUGAAACUACACACACACCCUUCUAAACAUAAACUUUAGAUUUUUUUCUGAACUUUUUUCUAAUGAUUAGUCGUUUCACAACUCGUAUUAAGCAACAAAUUUUAAUACCAAAGAGAAAUUCUUUUUACACAAAUGUUCUAAAAAGUUGUUUAAACCGUACAUAAAUAAAAUAGAUAGCUUGGUGGAUGUAGGAGGCGUUGGGGAGUGAACUGUCUUACUCAGCCUCUCACAGUGGCAGCGGCCUUUGCACUGUGCUCAGUGAUGGCAAGGGUUGGUGUUGAGUUGAAAAGCUGUGAGUUCUCUCUCUCUCUCUCACUCCACUCUGUUUAUUCUACACGUUGUUCACGUCCCCGGCCGUUUCUUGUUUAACACUUGUCGUCUGUUAAAUCCCUCUACAGCAAAUAACGGCCUAAUGUGAUAUGGUAUUAAACGAUCAUUUGUCAGGAAAAAAGGAGAAAGUAUUUUGGGAUGCACAGACGGCGGAAUCUGUGCUACUCUGUUCCCCUGUCACGUAGGUUUCAUUGCUGGGGUUAAUCUAUAUCUUCACGUUAGGUCUGUAGUGGGCCGCAGGUUUACCACUAGAGGGCAGUAUUUCCAGGUGUUGCUCACGGUCAACCUCCCACCAGGAAACGUCAGGGCGCCAGAGGACGCACAUGCGUUCGUGUGGACUGUGUAACAUGCCCUCCUCGCGCGCUUGGCUGUGUCGCUCAUCCCCGCUGCCCUCUUUAGGGGUGUUCCCCUGCUGUGUUAAUGGAAGGGGCGGUAGGUGAGGGAACAGGUGGACAUGCGUGUCCACUUCAGUAGCACAGCCAUGCUAGAAAGCCUCGUGGUCUGACACACAUUCCAUUUCCACACCGGAAACGAUUGCGCACAAAGCCGUUUAUAAGUGUAAGCUGGAAGCAAAAAAAAUUCACUUCGGGAUGAGGGUUUUUUUCUGGUUUAAUCUAGUAAAAUGGCUUCCUGAGGUCCUAAGGUUUACUACACAAUGAGAUAUUAUUCUAUGCAUCCUGUUCUAGAUGAAGCACUUUGCCUAUGUAAAAGUGCUCUACAAAUAAAGAUGAUUAUUACAUUUACAUGUCAAGCUCAGUGCAGCUCACUUGGAGCGAGUUCGUUUCUAAACAAAUUAAAUAUACUCGUUCAGCUAUUGCCAUCAUCGGUAUGACCUACUGUCUAUAGCAAACAUGCAGAUCUCAGAAUUAAUGGCCAGCGCAGUGGGCGAGGGCGUGUUUCCCAGACUACCGUGCCGGGUCCUAUCCCAAUCCUUUAGUCCUUCACAUCCACGCGCUCUGGCUUGGUUUUAGGUGAGAAUUAAAUUUGUAAAAAUAAAUCUGCCAACCUGUUUAGAUAAUCAAUCAGUGUUUGUGCUAUAGAAGUGGCAAGUGUACUAAAAUGCAAAUAAGGUUUUUUUUCGCUACUCAAAUCUACUAAAUUUUAAAUGAACAUGUCUCCCCUUUUAAACAAGAGUUUUAUAGCUGAACAUUAUAACAGCUUAUUAAAGUACCUUGCAGUUUAACAGUGAAAACUUUUGAACCGUAAUGCUGUUGCCAUGAAAAGUAUUCUCCCAACUGUCAGCUGUGUGUAUAUGAAUAUUGUAAAUGAUGUGUUUAAUUGUAUCUCAUUGUUUGGUAAUGGGACUGAGCCACGAGAUGGAGGUCUGUGUCCACCUUUCUGUAUAACUGCAAAUCCGAUUUAACGGGAAAUGAAAUGAUGGCUUCUCUUCUCUGGGCCAGUUGUGAUUGGCUGGUAAUGUACUCUUGAUCAUGCGGAGGGAACCCAGGCCUAUGCGUGAGAGUUGGGUUAUGCGUCAUGGGCCCUUCUAACUGCCAUCUGCAACCAGACACAAUAGAACAAGUAAAGGCCAAUCGGUGCGUCACGUCACAUUAGCCAGUUCAGGUGCUGAAUUUAACAAACUAGUUCAUACAACUCUUUAUAUUGGUGAAUUAAAAAUCUGAAUUGGGUUUCAGAUCAUCUCCAAGUGCGUGAAAUCGGAACUCAUUCGGCCUGAACACGUGGAGUCGCCUCUAGUUCAGAGCAUGCACGUGGGAGCGUCCCCGUGUCCAUAACGCCUCCCGGUGCUUGUGGAGACGAACCCGGGACUCAAAACACCCCUCUCCUGCCAUCCCAGCGGGGCAAUACUCACUGCAGUCCUUGCAGUAGAGCAUUAAGGAAUUGGAAACUGAAACCAGUUCAUGUGGGGAGUGCAUUUGCUCAGAAUUCUGCAACUUCUCACAAGUGGUCUACUACUACACUCUUAGUAAUUCUAACUGAGCACCUGUGUUGGGUGGGGGUCAGAGACAUGUGUGGCCUUGAUGCUGUGGGGGGACUGGGUGGUUCUAGACCUGUUUUUGCAUAAUCACUGUUUAAUCCAAGCCUCUGUGUUCCUGGUGUUUUGACAUUGAACCCAAUAAAAGCAAAGACUGUUUCUGUAGAGUUCUUUCAGUAGCUCAAACUGAAGAGCAGUGCCUCUGCAGAGGAAAUAAACUGGUUGUGAUCUCUGUGCUGGCAAUUAAUAAAUGUUUCGUACUGCG